GAAUCCUCAGGAAGUAUCAGAUAGUUUCUGCUUCUGAGCUUCUCUCGUCAAAUGGGAUAGUGAUCCUUAUUCGUGUCUUGCAAGUCUCCAGAGCCUCCACAUGAUGCAUAAUCCUUUGGUCUUCCUUCCUCCAGGAAUUGCUGCCGUCACCUCCUCUGGGAAGUCUUCCCUGACCAUUCUCUGGAUGUCUGGCAAAGUGACCACUGGCAGCGACAUCGGGCAGGCCCGCCGGGCCAUGGAGCAGCUGCGGAUGGAAGCAGGCAUCGAUCGCGUGAAGGUGAGGGUCAGGGUGAGGUGGGCACGUCCGAGGGAGGUGGCGGGUGGACAGCCCAGCCCAGGUCUGGCUAACUGGGCUGGCCUGCAGGUGUCCAAGGCCGCCACUGACCUGCUGCAGUUCUGCACGGAGCAGGCCAAGAGCGACCCCUUCCUCGUGGGCAUCCCGGCUGCCACCAACCCCUUCAAGGAGAAGAAGCCCUGCGCCAUCCUAUGACCCCAUCCUGACCACCCAGGGGGCCUCAAUAAACAUGAAGUGAAUGCUC